GGAACUCCUUUGCGGCCCCUUGCUGGGGAACCUCUUGCAAGGCAUCUAUCCGAAUGGCGGCAUCCAAGUCCAGACAGUAAAUUGCCACAGCGUGACCCAUAAACAAUGAAUAAGAGAAAGCCUCGUCGUCACAAAAACGUUUUAUCCCUAGAAACCCGAAUUGCCGUCAUCAACGACUACAAGAGCCUUACAAAAAAUGCUCGGGUUCUAUCAGAAAGGUAUGGUUGCGGCCGCACACAAAUUCAGAACAUCAUAAAAGCAAGGAAGGAGCUACUAGCCUUGUACAAAGCAUCCAAACAGAGCAGAAGUUACCACAGCAACAAUACGCCUUCGAAAAAUUCAAUCCCAGAAAAUAUUUCCGACACCUUGGCCAUUGUUCUGUUCGAGUGGAGUCAACGUAGCCAAGCCCAUGGCCUGCAAAUUACCGAGACGUUGCUUGAAAACGCCGCAGAAAACAUUGCUCCUCUGCUGGGUAUUCAGAAACGUCGCCCUCAGGAAGGGUGGGUGAAAAGCAUCAUGACCAAAUACGAUUUCUCCUUUGGCUGUUCGCAGCACAAAGCUUCAGCGGCAAGCUCCAAUUCCCUGAAGUACACCGACAUCAUGGACGAACUUGGUAUCAAGUAUAACGUCCCAUCAGGGAUGGAAUACUAUAACUACUCGGUGCCGCCCGUAUUGAAGCUUUUUUCCUCUUGUCCGGAAAACACAAACAAUUUGGAAAUCAGCCUGAAAAACGACAUUAAGGAGGAAUCUUCCGAGUCCGAGCCAAUUAUAAUGGAUGGAAAUGAGGAAAAGCAGGAAUCGGCCAGUACAUUUCUGCAGGAUGAGAUACCUUCAUGCGGUUUUAAGGAGGUGAACUCAUACCGGGAAGCUUUGAAUGUCCUUGGUCCCUUGGAAAGAUUUGUUCUACUGAAGGGAAAUGUGCGUGCUGUCGGUCUAAUAAAUCAAUUGGAGAACCUUUUCCGCGGUGAACUUGAAAGAAUGUUACAAGCAGGAAGAUUGGAUUAAAUCUAAAAAAAACUCUUUUGUAAAUUUUCAUAUAAUCCCUGAUAUUAGCUGUAAGACAAUUUUUGUUCGUAAGGAAAAUUUGUAAAUAAACUAAGAUGAAUGAGUACAAAGCAA